CCACUUGUGGGUCGCGCUGUGGGUCCGGCCAUGGGUCGCACUCGCCGUGGGUCGCGCCGUGGGUCACGCUAUGGGGCUGGCCGUGGGGCAGGUGAAGCUCCGUUGCCGCAAAGGGAUCCCCUCCUCCCUCCGGGCCCGGGCCUGGCAGCUCCUUUCCGACAGCCAAGGGCUCCUGGACGCCAACCCCGGCCUCUUCCAGGAGCUGGAGGGGGCGGCGGGGGAGCGGCGCUGGCUGGAGGCCAUCGAGAAGGAUCUGCACCGACAGUUCCCCUUCCACGAGAUGUUCGUCGCCCGGGGGGGGCACGGGUAAGGGGGGACACGCCC